CCCCUCCGCUGGUGGAAACCCCUCGCCCGCAUCCAGUCCCGCGCUGUCCCGGCAACAUUUCCAACUGCGUACUCUGAGACAAUGUUGCCCGCAGGAACGGCCGUCCGAGAACUUCCCGCUCAGGUUCUUCAGGACUGAGUCUUUUCGUCGUUAUGCCCCUCUUCCCAGUUCGGUGCCUGGCCCGUAGUGUCAUCGGGUGACGCUAGAGAGUCACACGGAUCGGAGUUUGGGCCUCGAAUUUGCCACACACAGACUGAGUAGCCUUAGGCAACUUGCUUAACUUCUCCAAGCCUCAGUUUCCCUACCUGUAAAAUGCAUAUAAUAAUCUCAACCUCUCAUGAUUUUUAUGAGAACUAAUUGAGAUAUGGUUAAUAAUAUGUUAAUCCCCACUUCCUGUCUUGAUUAAACGUUUCUGCUGGGCUGUCGGGGGGACCAUGUGAUAGGUGAUCAAUCCAGUUUAGCGUCAGCUCCCAGAGGGCAGCAUGCAGCCUGCUUCGUUGUGCCCUGUGACUUUCUGAUUAUGAACAGAGAGGCAUGAUUUGGUGACAGGCACUGUGGGGGACUGGUUAAAAAGUAGCAGCAACCUCAACAGACGUUAUUGAGGGCACACAGGGUGCUAGGAGCUAGGAUGAAUUCGCCUUUUCUCUUCUGCCAGCCCCAAGCAUUAGGCUUUUAGAAUGAUGGCUGCAGAGAUUACUGACUGUUUGUUCAGGGCGUGGAUCUCCCGUGCCCAGGACAGUCCCCUGGCACAUGGCAGGAACUCAGUUAAUACUUAUUGAAAGAAUGAAUGAAUCACACAAUAAAUGAGAAAACUGAAAAUUCAGAGAAUUUAAGCCAUGUCCCCAAGGCCAAGUUGACAGUAAGAGACAAAACCAGAAGCAUGCAUUUCUACACUAAAGUUCUGUCCUCGACACCACAUUUCCCCUCUGUGGUCUUCUUCUGGUUGUGUUUACCAAGACCUCUUUGCCUCUAAAAGACUAUGUUUUAACACCUUGUCUGUUUCCUUGAACACUGUCUCCAGGCCUCUUCUAUGUGUUAUAUUAUUUCUGUAUAUGGUAUUCAUUCUCCUUUUAUCGCUUUAUAUUCUUGGAUAUGCUGAAAAUUCUUUACCGGGCUGUAACUCGGGGAGAUGAUAUUUGUCCCUCUUGUUUGGAAUAUGAGACUAGAUAAAAUGAUAACUGAAAAUAUCCAUUGUUUUAUGUUAUCUGAUUUGCUUUCCAUUAAUAUUAAUAAUUGAGUGGCUUUCCUGUGUUUGUAUCCCACUAACCUCUGGGCUUUUAAACUCUUUAAAGGUAGUAUUUCUACCCCCCACUCCUUAGUAUCUUCUCACAGGGUUCUGGAAGCAAAUACUGCUUUACUUCUCCAUGUUUUCUAUAACUGAAUGGAGUGUUUUUACCAUGGUAGGUGCAUUUUUCUGCCGGCCUGUUUCAGGAUAACUCUUGAAGGAUUUGACUAGGUUUGGUUAAAUCUCUUAUAUAGCCAAGAACUUUCAAGACACAUCAUAAAUGUGCUUUCUGAUUUGCUCUGACCUGUGAAAGAAAAUGUUAGUCAAGCGUUGUUCAAAUGAGCAUAUUGCCUGUAGUGUUUCAGAUCAUUUGAGGUGUUGAUAGAGUGAUGGGGUUGCAAUUAGUUGUGUGUCAUCACGAUUUGCACACCAUAUCAAGAGUACCUGUUUGUGUAUGGUAAUAGAAGGCCUGGCACAUAACAAGUUCCACAUCGCAGAUGCCUUCUGCCUUUCCCCUUCUCAGAUGAACAACGUUGACACCACAACUCUUCCAGGCUCACGCCCUGUGGGGUAGAGGUUUAUGAACGUUGGUUUGGAGUCCAACAGACCUGAGUUCCACUUCCCAUUCACCCACUUACUAGCUGUGAUACCUGGAAGCCCUGAGGAUGAUGACAGGAAGGUCCGAAGGAGAGAAAAAAACCGAGUUGCUGCUCAGAGAAGUCGGAAGAAGCAGACCCAGAAGGCCGACAAACUCCACGAGGAAUAUGAGUGCCUGGAGCAAGAAAACACAGUGCUGCGGAGAGAGAUCGGGAAGCUGACAGAGGAGCUGAAGCACCUGAGCGAGGCCCUCAAGGAGCAUGAGAAGAUGUGCCCGCUGCUGCUGUGCCCCAUGAACUUUGUGCCCGUGCCGCGGCCGGACCCUGUGGCUGGCUGCCUGCCCCGAUGAAGCCCAAGGACCAUCCUCCUCUGCCGGGUGAGGAGCCUUGGUCUUUUUUACACCUGGGAGGAGGGCUCUAUCCGCAUCUUGUGUACACAGGGACCUGUGGCCAGGCCACCUCCUCGGAGCUCCGGCCGUGUCCUCAGCAGACUGGGCUCAGCCAGACACUCCCACAGGCACCUGACUCUCAGAGCCUCGAGUGGAUCCAGGCAGGGAGAGCACCCUCAGGAGUCACUUUUUAUCCACUUUGGCAGCUAGUAGGUUCCGCUGUUAUGCAGAAUCAUUUCCUCUGGAAUUUGGGUAAUAAAGAUGAUUAUCAUCUCUC